AUGGUCAAAACACUUCCCUUCGGCGAUAUUCAGGUCCCUACACCCGGAUUUGGUGCAAUGGGCCUUAGCUUUGGCUUGGGCAGUAAGCUUAGUUUGGAAGAAGCCGAACCAGUUCUGCUGAAAGCAAUUGAGCUAGGAUGUACAUUCUGGGACACUGCUGUUGUCUAUGCAGCUGGUAUCAAUGAGCAGCUUCUCGGUGAAUUCAUCAAAAAGCACAAUGUUCGCGAUAAGGUGUUUAUCGCGUCAAAGUGUGGCUUUGACGUCUUUGGACAGGGUUUCGCUGUCACAAACUCUGCUUCGCAUAUCAAGGAGUACAUUGAGGGUACCAUAGAGCGACUCGGCUUCGCCCCCGACCUAUACUACUUGCAUCGAAUUGACCCGAAUACGCCUCUUACGGAGUCUAUUCCAGCGCUAGAUGAGAUUCGCAAGGCCGGAAAGACCAAGUAUAUUGGGCUCUCGGAGUGUUCAGCUGAAACACUGCGCGAGGCUAAUAAAAUCGCGAAAAUCGAUGCAGUCCAAGCCGAGUAUUCGGCAUUUGAAACACUGCAUGAGACAGACGGGCUUAUCGAUACGGCUAAAGAGCUGGGUGUCGCAUAUGUUGCCUAUAGCCCGCUAGGACACGGCUGGCUCGUAGACGACUUCGAUUAUAAGUCACCCGAUGACUUUGCCCCCGAUGAUUUCCGUCGUAGCUCUCCCAAGUUCCAAGGCGAGAAUUUCUACAAGAACCAGAAAAUUGUCGAGGAGAUCAAGAAGCUCGCAACUCGCAAGGGGUGCAAGAUCAGCCAAAUUGCAAUUGCUUGGGUUGUUAGCCAGGGGUUGAUUCCGAUCCCUGGAACCACAAAACCAAGACGCCUUGAAGAAAACUGGAAGUCUCGAGAUAUUGAAUUUACAGAGGAAGAAGCACAAGAUAUGCGUCGCAUAAUUGAUGCUGCCAAGCCACAUGGGCACAGGUAUAGUGCCGCCCACCAAGCCAUGGUUGGCCACUAG